UUUUAGUUCGGUAUCGGCGGUUGGUGUGAUUAAACGAACGUACGCGUAGUUACGAGAGUUACAAGUGUAACACACGUGUGACAAAUCAGGAUUAGCAACGGGCAGCGUAGAAGAAAGAGACCUGUCCAGUUUUCGGUGAAAGUGAACGUCCAUUAUCGACGGCCUUGGAAAGGACUGAUUAAUUACCGAGGCGAAGACAAAGCGGAUGUGGACAGUGAACUGAAACGCCAGACUGUCAAUAUUGGUGAUCGACAUUGUCUAGUGGGUUGAACAACGUAAUCGAAGUGGAAACUUGUGUGGAUUGGAAGGAAGAAAUUGCGAGAGGCAAGUGACGAAAUUGGAUAAGUUUUACGUAUUCGGAUAUUGAAAGCGAGUGGUGGCGACUCGAGGACUAAUUCGGUUGAGUUUUUUGUGACUGCCAAAAAGGAUAGAGACUGUCAAAAUGGUGAAAAAGUACCUCAUCGGCUUCGUGAUAUGGUCCUGUCUGCUGCAGUUGACCUCAGCAGAACCGGAAACCGCUCCCAGUCGGCCUACCAACCUGGAAGACAUCGAACGAGACAACCUGAAAAACGAACGCCACUCGGCCUUCAAAAAGGAAGCAUACCACCCGUCGCAAUCAGCCCAAGCGGCAUCGUCCCAUGGCGCCAACCACUAUUCCGUGCAGAUUGAACACCACCCUGGAGGAGCCACCAGUCAUGCUGGCAUCAACUACCUGUUGCCACCUUCCGCACCUGCCCCUGUUCCUGUUCAAGCUCCGACACAUCCUGGCCUCAAUUACGUGACACCGAUCCCUUCAGGACCCUCCAUCACCUACUCCAAAGGUAUCCCGAACCACUCGCUCCGCUCACACUUCUCCCUAACACGUCCUUCUAUUUUAGAAUACACCCCACAAUACCAGACACAGUAUCAAACCCAGCCACAGUACCAAACCCAGCAGAAAGUGCCCCAAGUCCACGAAGAACACUCAACUUACACAGUUCCCUCACGACAAUCCCUCAUCCAACCGAUCAUCGGCGGAAGUGCCCCUGCGCAAACGUUCCUCACCCCACAGCCACAGUACGUUUAUGUGCAAGCUCAAGCCCAGGUGCAACAACCACCACCUCAGCAACACCAACAACAGCAGCAGCAACAAUCGCAGUACGCAAAUCAACCCAAUCUACCGCAGUCACUGCUGCACAUUCUCCCACACCAUCAAGGAGCCUAUAUCAUGAUCCCUCCGACUACGUCCUUCUACCAACAGCAGCCUCACUCGGCUCAGCAGUAUGCAGCUUAUGUGAACGAUCCGGACAACCAGGUGCAGACCUACUCACACGGCGAAUCCGGACAACACAGCCCGCAACCCGUCACUAGUAGUCCUCCGGCGCCGACACCAGCUCCACUUCAAAAAGCCCCUGGAGUUAUUUACGCUUCACCAUCGUCAACUCCGGCCCCCCAUCGACAUCAAUCACCAUCGUCUGAAUUCUCCAUCGUGAAGAGCGUUGAAACGCCAGUCUACUAUUCUCCGGACAAUCACCUGAACUCCCCUCCCACCAUUCACUUCACACACUCACCCGCUAAACAAGCCAUCCAAAUCCACCAUGAAACGCAAACCCACUAUCCAUCCCUGACGCAUCCCAACAAUGGAAUCCUGAAUUACUUCGGACUUCAACACAAACAACCAACCAGCCUCCUGGACUCUUACGUCCCAAGUUCUCUACAGCUUUCGCCCGUCAAACAGUUCCCAUAUCCAUCCAAACCCGCCCCAAUUUAUCGUCCUUCGCUACAACACUUCCACCAUCAUCACGCUCCCACCCACCAACAGCUGUUCUACCAACCAACUUACCCAGUCUCCCAUUCUGCCUACCCCCUCUAUCCAUCUCACACUCCUUCCCUCCAACCUCAACAGAUUCCCUCCGCCUCAGCUCCAGCCUACAACACCAUUGCCUAUUCCGUUCCUCUGUCGCAAACCAAAACCGUCACCCAGUACAAGCGGUCCCCAGCCCUAGAAACCGUCGCCGGAGUUCGAUAUUCCCAUCCUCGGGCAGUUUCUGCUGCCGCUUCGUCGAAGUCAGGUGCCAUCACGACCAAACUGCAACCGGCAGCCAAGUUUUAAUUAAGAUCUUACCUGAUUAGUAGUGAUUUGCGAAACGACGAAGAAACCUCGGAAUGUGAAACCGUGCAGUUACUCAUAAUUUAUAUGAUGGAAUUAGAUUUACUCUUACCAAAUAGUGCUUAAGACACACCGACGACGACGAUGACGGAUGGCUUCCUUUCGCCAGAUACGAUGGGAUCUUGAGAUUUAGGUGCAGCUCAGCAGCGUUAUAGAAUUUAGGGAAUGUAUCCUAUGCAAAGUGUUUGCAAUUGUGAUUCAUCAAUGUACUCAAUUUUGUACAGUUGUUUAUUUAAUUGAAUAAAAAGCUAAUUG